AUGAAAUUGCUUCUAGAAGAACACAAGAAGAGUCUGAGGAGGAGAUGUGAACGUGUGACUGAAGGAAGUGAUGAAGCAGGAGGAGGAAGCCUCCUCAACAGGAUCUACACUGAGCUCCACAUCACAGAGGAACACAGUGAGGAGCUUCAGAGGGAGCCUGAGCUGAAGCUUCUGGAGACAGCUUCCAGGAAGAAGAGCCUCCAUCACUCUGCCAUCAGGAAGAAGAGCCUCCGUCACUCUGCCAUCAGGGUUCAGGACAUCUUCAAAGCCUCGGCCCAGCAGCUCAGACACAUCCGAGUGGUUGUGACCAGCGGCGUGGCCGGUAGUGGAAAAACCUUCUCGGUGCACAAGUUCACUCUGGACUGGGCCGAGGGCCUGGAGAACCAGGAUGUGGGGGUGCUGGUGGUGCUCUCCUUCAGGGAGCUGAACCUGCUGGGAGAGCGGCCGUACAGCCUCCUCUCGCUGCUGGCUGUUUUCCAUCCCACGCUCCAGAAGCUGACGGCAGAGGAGCUGGAUGUCUGCAGGCUGCUCUUCAUCUUGGACGGUCUGGAUGAAAGCAGACUUUCUCUGGACUUCAGCAGCAGCCGGCGGCUGCUUGACGUCUCCCAGCAGUCUUCAGUCAGUGAGCUGCUCACUAACCUCAUCCGGGGGGAUCUGCUGCCCUCGGCUCGGGUCUGGAUCACUUCCCGACCGGCGGCGGCCCAUCAGAUCCCUCCAACAUGUGUGGACAGACUGACAGAAGUGCGAGGCUUCACUGACGCCCAGAAGGAGGAGUACUUCAGGAGGAGGCUGAGUGAUGAGGAGCUGAGCAGCAGGAUCAUCUCCCACAUCCAGACAUCCAGGAGCCUCCACAUCAUGUGUGGAAUCCCAGUCUUCUGCUGGAUCACUGCUACAGUUCUGGAGCACAUGUUGAGCAGCGAGCAGAGAGGAGAGCUGCCCCAGACCCUGACUGACAUGUACUCCCACUUUGUGCUGGUUCAGACACACAGGAAGAAGCUCAAGUACCAUGAAGGACCUGAGACGGGUCCACAGGAGCUGACGGAGGCUGACAGGGAGCUUCUUCUGAAGCUGGGCAGGAUGGCCUUGGAACAUCUGGACAGAGGAAACAUCCUGUUCUACCAAGAAGACCUGGAGCAGUGUGGUCUGGAUGUGACUGAGGCCUCGCUGUACUCUGGAAUCUGUACUCAGAUCUUCAGAAGAGAGUCUGUGAUCUUCCAGAAAGCCGUCUACAGCUUCGUCCAUCUGAGUGUUCAGGAGUUUCUGGCUGCAGUCUCCAUGUUCCACUGUUUCACCAGCAGGAAGAGAGACGCACUGAAGACCUUCUUUGGAGAGGAUCAUGCUUUCAGAUCUCUUGAUGAUUUGCUGGUGGUCGUCCUGGAGAAAUCCGUCAGGAGUGGGAACGGCCACCUGGACCUGUUUGUCCGCUUCCUUCAUGGCCUCUCUCUGGAAUCCAACCAGAGACUCUUAGAAGGUCUGCUGGGUCGGACAGAGAUCAGUCCAGAAAUCAUCCAGAGAGUCAUCCAGAACCUGAAGAAGGUCAACAGUGAAAAAGUGUCUCCUGACAGAUGCAUCAACAUCUUCCACUGUCUGACGGAGAUGAAGGACCUCUCAGUCCAUCAGGAGAUCCAAGAGUUCCUGAAGUCAGAGAACAGAUCAGAGAAGAGACUCUCUGGGAUCCACUGCUCAGCUCUGGCCUACAUGCUGCAGAUGUCAGACCAGGUCCUGGAGGAGUUGGACCUGUAUAACUACAACACAUCAGAAGAGGGACGAUUCAGACUGAUCCCAGCUGUGAAGAACUGCAGGAAGGCUGAGUUGAGCAGCUGUGGUCUGUCAGAGAGAAUCUGUGGAGCUCUGUCCUCAGUCCUCAGCUCUCAGUCCUCCAAUCUGACACAUCUGGACCUGAGUAACAACGACCUGCAGGAUUCAGGAUUGAAGCUACUGUCUUCUGGACUGGAGAGUCCUCACUGUAAACUGGAAGCUCUCAGCCUGUCAGGGUGUCUGGUCUCAGAGGAAGGCUGUGCUUCUCUGGUCUCAGCUGUGAGCUCCAAGUCCUCCCAUCUGAGAGAGCUGGACCUGAGCUACAACCAUCCAGGAGCCUCAGGAGUGGAGAAGCUGUUUGCUGCAGUGGAGGAUCCACAGUGCAGUCUGGAGACUCUCAGGGUGGACCAUGGUGGAGAGCAGAGGUUAAAACCUGGUCCGAGGAAGUAUUUCUCUCAACUUGAACUGGACACAAACUCAAUGAACAUAUUCCUCAAACUGUCCAACAACAACAGGAAGGUGACAUGUGUGAAGAAAGAGCAGCCGUAUCCUGAUCAUCCAGACAGAUUUGAUGACUUCUGGACUUAUCAGCUGCUGUGUAGAAAUGAUCUGAGUGGUCGAUGUUACUGGGAGGUUGAGUGGAGCGGAAAGGUUUUUAUAUCAGUGAGUUACAGAGGAAUCACACGGAGAGGAACCAUGAAGGAGUGUGUGUUUGGACGGAAUGAUCAGUCCUGGAGUCUUAGCUGCUCUUAUCAAGGUUACUAUGUCAGGCACAAUGACAGAAUAACAUGCACCUCAUUGUCCUCCUCCUCCUCCUCCUCUGGUAGAGUAGGAGUGUAUGUGGACCGUCCUGCUGGCUCUCUGUCCUUCUUCAGAGUCUCCUCUGACUCUCUGAUCCACCUCUACACCUUCAACACCACAUUCACUCAACCUCUGUCUGCUGGUUUUACCCUCCUGUACUCUGGUUCUUCAGUGAGUCUGUGUCCUCUGUAGGAAGGACAGUCUCUGUCUCUGACAGCAGUCCUGUCAGGACCAAUCAGAGAUCAGAGAACAUCAGUGGAGUUCAGCAGGGCUCACAGACGGAGCCUCCAACACUUUGUAAAUAUGUGGUCAGUUUAAGUUUCAGGACGUUUUCUAACCUCCUCAAGUCUUUGUCAGCAACAACGGAGACGAUGAGGAAAGAACUCUUCUGAUCCCAGUUUGAUGUUUAUAUUUUGAUCCGGCCCAGCCGGUCCUGAUUGGACCAGUUUGGUCUUAGUUGGACUUAUUGAAGGAGAGUCUGACUGAGAGUCUGAGUCUGUCAGUCUGCUGAGAGGCUCUUUUUUUUAACACUGAUGGACAAAUGAAGCUUUCUGAAACUCUGAUGCCUGGAUGGAAGCUUUUCAACACUGACCUCUUUAGUGCCACCUGGUGGCUAAAAAUAUGAAGAGCAGCUUGAAUGAACUGCUCCAUGAUGGUUCCCCACAAGUUCAGUUCACAGCUUCUCUUUAUGAUCAUGUGACCGUUUUGUUUGAUAUCAGGAUGGUUGUGGUGAUAUGAACAAGUGAUUCUGACAGUCAAAAAAAAUCUUUUGUUGAAUUGAUUAAUAAGCAUGAAUAUGAAUAAACUUUGAUGGAUUGAACAUGUGCUAAUGUUUGGUCUCCUUUUGCUUGUGACUUUUUGAUGUCUGUGAACAUAAGACAGUAAAAUGUUAUUUAUAAUAAUAUUCUACAUAAUCUGAUGAGAACCUUGUUGUUCUGUGAGGUUCCUGUCUCAUAUCUGUCCUAAACUAUGGGUCCUCAUUAAUGAUUGCUUCUGAAGAAAUUCUGAACUUUCACCUCGGUUUUUCUUCCUGAUCCGUCCAACAAAGUAUGUUGGAGCCACAUCCAGAGUCAGAGUGAGCCCUGUUCUUGG